AUGGGUAGCAGUUCCAGCAAAGUGGGUUUAAUGUCAGAGCCUCCCAAAAAGAGCGAGUAUUUUAGUUUUAUGAAAAUAAAAUCCCCCAAAAAUGAAGACUGUGAUAAAGAUCUCCUCAAGCAUAAAAAACAGCCUUGCCUGUGGAUUGGAGGCCGCAAUGAACAAACUGGGAAUUUUAAAUCUGGAAAUAGACACCAAAACAUAUGUAAGGAAAAGUUCCGGACAAGGUUUGACCCACGGAUUACUGCAAGGUAUGACAUCAAGGCUCUGAUUGGUCGAGGAAGCUUUAGCCAUGUGGUGCGUGUUGAGCACCGGUACACUCAUCAGCCCUUUGCUAUCAAACUCUUGGAGGCCAGGGAGCACAAGGGUCGUGAUGCAUGCCAUAUCGAGCUUGUGAUUUUGCGAAGGGUCCACCACUCUAACAUCAUCCGUCUGGUGGAGGUGUUUGAAACUCCUCACCGUGUUUAUCUUGUCCUUGAGCUUGCCACAGGAGGAGAGCUACUGGACCGUGUAGUUUCAAGAGGCUCCUUCACAGAGCGUGAUGCCACCAAAGCUCUAAUCAUGGUGUCCAGAGGAUUAAGCUACAUUCAUGCACUGGGAGUAACUCACCGGGACUUGAAACCAGAAAACUUGCUGUACUACCAUCCAGGGCAAGACUCGCGCCUAAUCAUAACUGACUUUGGCCUGGCUUGCUGGAGUCGAAAAAGCCAGGCGGAGGAAUGUGAUGUAAGGACGCUAUGUGGUACACCCGAGUACCUGGCUCCUGAGAUGGUGGCUGGUCGAACAUAUGGCUGUGAAGUGGACAUGUGGGCCUUGGGUGUGAUUUCCUACAUCGUUCUGAGUGGUUCGAUGCCCUUCGAACAGCGUAGCCGGCCUCGUCUUUUCACGGCCAUUCUCAGAGGCAGCUACAGCUUCCACGGUCAACCAUGGAGUUCAAUCUCUAACCAGGCCAAAGACUUCAUAGAUCGUCUGCUGUGUGUCAACCCCGAGGAACGAAUGACUGCAGAGCAAGCUCUUAAACACCCCUGGCUACGCAACAUGGCUGCCUGCUCCUCUAACACGAACCUCCAUCGACCAAUAUCACGAAAUCUCCGUCAGCGGGCUUCACGCGCUUCCAAUUAUAGCACCGGUUCAUGCUCGGUCCCCAAGUCACGAUCUGUCGUGAGCUCUCGGUCACAAUUACGACCUGAUUCCAGACCAUUUUUUUGCACCAGAUCACAGCACAGUGUGGCAGUGUUGGCUUAAAGCACCUGUUCUGAGAUGACAAAAAAGCAUCAACUAAACCAGACUAAUCAAUAUUGCUGUUUUUUGAAAAUUGCUCCAUGCAGUGCUUUUUAAGUUACAGUAUAUGUUCUUUUUUUUAAAAUUGUUCAUAUUAAGUU